ACAAAAUCUGUACACAUCAGCACCUCAACACCAUUCCUUUCUUACAUUUCAUCGCAACGCCAAUGGACGAAUCACAAUCACAGUGCUCUCUUCUUCACUCCAAUUCUACACAUUAAGCUUUCCAAAUCUCAUCGAAGAAGCUUCUAGGUUCUUCCAGGACCUUCUAUUCCACUUCCUCCUUUCUUCUUCCGAACCCAUGGCCGAGAGUCGAAGAUCUACGGGCACAGUCAAGUGGUUCAACGCUCAGAAGGGUUUCGGAUUCAUAACUCCACAAGAUGGCUCCGAUGAUCUCUUCGUUCACUUCACUUCCAUCCGAUCUGACGGCUACCGGACCUUAUCGGAUGCUCAGUCCGUCGAGUUUCUCGUUGAUUUCGGCGACGACGGCCGAGCCAUGGCUGUCGACGUUACCUCCGCCGUUAGAUCUCGCCGUUUUGGCGGUUUUCGAGGCGGCGGAGGCAGGGGAAGAGGAGGAGGACGCUUCGGCGGCGGGGAAGUUAGAGGCGGAGGGAUCGGACGGAGAGGAGGAGGUUACGGCGGUGGUGGAGGUCCUGAGUGUUAUAAUUGUGGAAGAAUAGGUCACUUGGCGAGAGAUUGUUAUCAGGGACAGGGUGGUGGCGAUGGUAGGAAUCGGAGACGCGGCGGCGGCGGUGGCGGAGGAGGAGGAUGUUUUAACUGUGGCGAGGAAGGGCAUUUUGCGAGAGAAUGUCCGAAUGUUGGAAAAUGAGUGAGAAUUUGAUGAUUCUGAUUUGCACUAUUGAAUUGUGAGCUUGUUACGACUAGUUGGGGUUGGUUACAUGCAUUCUGCGCAGAAGAACGUUCGCAUUCAAGGACAUGAGCCACGAAUAUACUUCUAUUAAAGAGGGUUCCAGAAUAGCUGUUUGAAAGAAGUUGAAAUUUCCCCUCUAAUUCAUGCAUAUAUUGUGAGGCAAGAACUCGUGCACCUUAUCCAUUUUGGUAAUCAGCAGGACAUUUACCUAAUGGCCCUACCAUUGAAAGAUAUGCGAAGCAAAUUUAGUCUAUUCAGUCCUCUGUGCUAUGUGCGGAUAAAAUAUAUUGUCAUUUUUGUUCUUUAUCCAUGACCAUAAUAAAUGUUGUGGAUGUUCUUACUCUUGUUCGUUUAGGUUCUUUAAAGCGUUAUUUAUUGUUUGUUAAUUAUUCUCUAGAUUUUAAAUUGCAUACUUUCAGAACUUUAAUAUUGCGGCAAAUUGUGGGCAAAUGCAGCUGCAAUUAUGAUCGCAAUUUGGUUGUUGAGGCAUAAAAAAAUCUUAAUAUUGUGACUAGAAUUAAAAACCUUGAUAAUUGAGUUCUUAUUCCAAGUGUUAUACUACAAUAUAUUUAUAUAGU